AUGUCUAAAAGUUUUUCAAAGAGAGGGGAGGAUCGCGGUGGCGAUUACUUCCCACUUCAUGAUAUGGGAGAUCAUAGUAGUAGAGCGACACCAUCCAACAAUAGCUACAGGCCGACCUUGGAUGACAACGAAACAUUUCUAGAGCAUUCAAGUCCUUCUAUGCCUGCCAUUCACAAUCUCGACAACUUCCUCACCGAAGUAUACAACUAUUUCACAGGCAAAGGUUUCUUGAACAUCUUUUUCACUCAACUAUUUGAAUUAUUGACAUCAUUAUUUGUCAUUGUAUUCUUUACAUUUUUAGUUUCAUUCAUCAACUAUGAUGUACUCUUUAGGAAUAAUACAUCGACGAUGGUACAAUACCACGUAGUAGAUUUCUCAAGAAAAGUACCGGGUUGGUUGGUGUUAUUCUUGGUACUCUUUAGUUUCUAUUGGUUUGCAAAGUUCUUUAGAUUCCUAAUUAGUAUUCGUUCAACUCUUGAAAUAAGAAGUUUCUAUCAUAAUACAUUAAAGAUUAAUGAAGAUGAAUUACAAACAGUUGAUUGGAGUACUAUUGCAAGUAAAUUGGUAGAAGUACCAAGACUUUGUAGAGUAAAAGAGAAUAUGGAUGCAUUGGAUAUAGCCAAUAGAAUCAUGAGAAAAGAAAACUAUAUCAUUGGUAUGAUCGAUAGAAAGAUCUUUGACCUAUCGAUACCGUUCCCCUUCCUCAGAAAGUACAAGUUCAUCACGAAAACAUUGGAAUGGAGUAUUAUGUAUGCUCUAUUCAAUCAUAUCUUUGAUGCAAACGGUGUUGUCAAAGAUGAAUAUUUAGACGUAUCGAAACGUGAGAGAUUAUCAAGAGGAUUAACAAGAAGAUUUAGAAUGAUUGGAAUCAUUGGUUUCUUUGCUGCACCAUUUGUAUUGAUAUUCCUGUUGAUUACCUACUUCUUCAAGUAUGCAGAGGAAAUAAAGAAUAGACCUGGAUCGUUGGGUAGUCGUGAAUGGUCACCAUUGGCCAAAUGGAAAUUUAGAGAGUUCAAUGAAUUACCACAUUUCUUUAAUAUUAGAUUAAAUCUUAGUUAUUCACAUGCAAACAAAUAUGUUGAUAGUUUCCCAUCGGAGUUGAUAUCUACAUUUGCAAAGUUUGUUUCAUUUUUGUUGGGUGCAAUCUUGGCUGUAUUCAUUGUUUUCGGUAUCAUCAGUGAUGAUUUCCUGUUUUCUUUUGAUAUUUUUGGAAGAGCACCUAUUUGGUAUGUCGGAACGUACACCGUCAACUUUGAGGGUGUCGGAUUCAUCUGUAUUUUCGGUACAUUCCGAGGUAUGAGUAGAUACGGUUCACUCAGUGACACCAACAGCAUCGGUAACAACAACAACAACAACUUCAAUACAUCAACUAAACAAUCUGGCCAGAAGAAGAAUGGAUUGUUCACACAGAGUUCCGGUGCCAAACAAGAUAAGCUUGAGAUGUCUGUCGUUAACUUUAAGAUUGCCAAUCCUGACUGGACUCCACCUGACCAAGAGGUUUUCGAGGGUCUAAACAGUUUCAUGGAUAAUGAAAUUCAAAACAAACAACAUUAUCAACAACAACAGCAACAACAACAACAACCACCAACAUUAAAUCUCAACGAUAUGGAGCAUAUGCACGAUUCCAAUUUCGUACCAGAUAAAAUCUUAAAUCUCGUAUUGGGAACCAGUCAAGACGAUGUAAAUUACGAUAACCUAAGCGAUCAUCAACAUAACGCUACUUUUAGAAAAUUCAAACUUGAUCACAAGACAGCUCAUUAUAUCAAUGACAUCCAACAAUCAUACUUUGAUUCACAAAUCUACUUGGGUAAUGAUAAACAAUACAUGAGAAAUCAACAACAACAACAAGGUGGUGAUAAUAUUAGUUAUUGUAUGGAGAUACCUUCGAUUCAAUUUUUAGAUUAUCCAAUCGAAUGGAGAUGUUCACCGAAUGAAGGAAGAUACUUGGUUGCCAGCAAAGACUUGGAGAUUGGCGAGAUUGUGUUGGUUGCGCGAUCGUUCCUCUCGAUCGAGAGUGAUCUCCUCAGAAAGCAGACUUGUCACAACUGUUUGGAGUAUCAGAAUACCAAAGCAUCCGAUAUCGAUAGUGCACUAAAAUCAUCGGUGAUGCAGCGGUGUGUUGGCUGCAAUGAAGUCUAUUGGUGCAGUGAAAGUUGCUAUUCAAUUGGUUCCGCUAUUCAUCAACGCUAUGAAUGUCAGUACUUUAAGAAGCUGCGUAGUUACAAUAAUAGCAAUAGCAAAGCGAUAACCGGUGAUAAUAUGACAGAGGUAAAGAUGAUCGUUGGUAUCCUAGGUCGUUAUAUAGAUAUCAAGUAUAAACAUAGCGAGGAGAAGAUGAUGAGACCUGACGAACAACCGACUUUCAACCACGAAAACAAACAAUAUCCAAUCAUUGACAGUCAAAUCGACGAUGUACUUCAAUUGGUUGAGAAUACCAUAGAUAGUAACACCAACAGUGCUGCAUGCGAUCUAAUAGAACAACUGACAGCGUUCAUCAAUCAACUAUUCACAGACAUAUUAAAUCCACCACAAAAAAAGAAGAAACAACAAAAUAACAAUAAUAAUAAUAACAAAUCAACAACCGAUAGUUGUAUAUCAUCAAUAGAAAUAGGAUUAAAUACAACUAGUUUAAAUUAUAAUGAAGAAAACAAUAAUAAUAAUAGCAAUAAUAAUAGUGUUAUCAAUAUGAUAAAUGAUGUUACAUCAAAAACAAGAUCAUUAAUAUGUAAGAUUAGAUGUAAUCAAUUUGGAAUUUGGUCGAAACGUGACAAGUGUAUUGGAGUAUCAUGUACACCUGCAGCAUCGUAUUUCAAUCAUUCAUGUUGUCCUAACCUAGCGGAUGUCAGAGGUACCACCGUAGUAGUCUUUAAAGCACUACACUUCAUCAGUAAAGGCACACCCAUAUCGAUCAGCUAUUUAGAUUUAGAUCAACCAACUCACGAAAGACAAUCUUAUCUUAAAACAUUUUAUUAUUUCACAUGCCAAUGUUUAAGGUGUAAAGAUCAAACAGAUGAAAGUGAUAAUUGGAUAUCUAGAUUCUAUUGCGAUAGAUUCAAAUGCUCUGGUACCUACUUCUUGGAUGACAGACAGUGUGAUAUCAAAGAGUCUGAAAUCGUCAUGACCUGCAGCUAUUGUUAUAAAACAAAAUCAAUGGCCAAACAUCAAUUAACUCCCCCAAAACAUAUAACAAACUAA